UGGGUUGAGAGGAUACAUUUCAUUGUUGCAUGUACACCGUGACGUCAUGGGCUGAUUGAGGACGAUGUAAAAGCGGAACUGAGCUUGGUGUUCACACGUCCAGCGCGUCUUCUGUCCUGGGGUGUUCCGGAGGACGCAGCUGGUUAUCACGCUGACCCAAGUCCAGCUCAGAUGUGACGGUCCAUCCAGGAAAAUGGUGAACUCAAGAUUGAAAGCAGGAUUGAAGAGAUUGUUGAACCACUAAGAGAGAAAAUCAGAGAUUUGGAAAAAAGCUGCCUGCCUGUGUUUGGCGUCUGCAUGGCGAACUUGACCUUUUGAGAGUCUGGAAGCUCCUGCGUGGGGAUCACGUGCACUGCCAACCCGCCCAGCUCUGUUGUCAGCGAGCUUCACUCCGUCAGGAGACGAGAAGCACCUGCUUCAAGGUCUUCCGUCUGAGCACCUGUCCUGCGCCGUUCAGCUCAGCCACUGAGGAGAUGCGUUCCACAUCCUGGCUGCGGGUGUGGAGCGGAUGGAGACAGGGCCCCCGCCCAGCACAUCUGCAGUUAAACUUCACCCAGAAAUACCCGCCUGUAAAAUUUUUAUCAGAGAAGGACCGUAAAAGAAUUUUGGUCACCGGAGGCGCGGGCUUCGUGGGUUCCCACCUCACAGACAAGCUCAUGAUGGACGGGCACGAGGUGACCGUGGUGGACAACUUCUUCACGGGCAGGAAGAGGAACGUGGAGCACUGGAUCGGCCACGAGAACUUCGAGCUCAUCAACCACGACGUGGUGGAGCCUCUGUACAUCGAAGUGGACCAGAUCUACCACCUGGCAUCUCCAGCCUCGCCGCCCAGCUACAUGUACAACCCCAUCAAGACGCUGAAGACCAACACCAUCGGGACGCUCAACAUGCUGGGGCUGGCAAAGCGAGUCGGAGCCCGUCUGCUCCUGGCCUCCACCUCGGAGGUGUACGGAGACCCUGAAGUCCACCCUCAAACCGAGGAUUACUGGGGCCACGUGAAUCCCAUAGGACCCCGAGCCUGCUACGACGAAGGCAAGCGCGUCGCCGAGACCAUGUGCUAUGCCUACAUGAAGCAGCCUCCAGAUUUGAUUACAGAGAACAGAGCAUCUCAUCAGGACGGAAAAGCACCUGUGUCUGGAAGGAAGAGCAGAGGUACCUGUGGGGCGCCGGGCUCACCCUCUUCUGUGUUGCAGGAAGGCGUGGAGGUGCGCGUGGCCAGGAUCUUCAACACUUUCGGACCCCGAAUGCACAUGAACGACGGCCGGGUGGUCAGCAACUUCAUCCUGCAGGCGCUGCAGGGGGAGCCGCUCACGGUGUACGGAUCCGGGUCGCAGACAAGGGCCUUCCAGUACGUCAGCGACCUGGUGAACGGCCUCGUGGCACUCAUGAACAGCAACGUCAGCAGCCCCGUCAACCUGGGGAACCCGGAAGAACACACGAUCCUGGAAUUCGCUCAGCUAAUUAAAAACCUCGUUGGCAGCGGGAGUGAAAUUCAGUUUCUCUCUGAAGCCCAGGAUGACCCCCAGAAAAGAAAACCAGACAUCAAGAAAGCAAAGCUGAUGCUGGGGUGGGAGCCAGUGGUCCCGCUGGAGGAAGGGUUAAACAAAGCAAUUCACUACUUCCGGAAAGAACUCGAGUACCAGGCGAAUAAUCAGUACAUCCCCAAACCAAAGCCCGCAAGAAUAAAAAAAGGACGGACGCGCCAUACCUGAAAACCUCGCCUUUCGGGACAGGAGAUGCCCUGUUUCACACUUGAGGAGAUGUAUUUUUCUUUUUUUAAAGAAAGACUUAAACAGGUAUCAUGAAGAACAAACUGGAAUUCAUUCUGAAGCUUGCUUUAAGAAAUGGAUGUGCCUAAAAACUCCCCUAAACUGCAGAUUUUGCCUUGCACUUUUUAAAUGUCUUUUUAUGUAAAAUAGCAUUGAUGCAUCUCUGCGUAUUUUCAAAUUUUUUACCUUGCCGUGAGAGCCUAUGUCGUGACUGUCAUCGACAGUUUUAUUUACUGGUUUCUUUGUGAAGCUGAAAAGGAACAUUAAAUGGGGUGAUUAAAUGCCGAUUUAUUUAUAAAGUGGGUACUAAUAAACGAGACGUUAUACUAUGCACAGAGAAGAAAAAGCAGCCCAGCAGUAUUGUCAGGUAGGUGGGGGGCGCACCGCAUUAAUUCUCGGGCAGAUAAAAUUCUGUUUGAGGGCUUUAUGUUUCUUCUAAUUCAGGAUUUUUCCAAGGUCUAGUUUUUAGUUGCAGAUUUGACUUUGAAAUGUUUCUGUUGGUUAUCACAAUGCAGGAUAUUUGAAAUGAAUCACUACUGUGUUGUGCUGCACCUGGUGGGGGUGGGAAGUUAACAUAUUCUUGGUUAACAGUGGUUAAAUAUGCUAUUUUAAUAAAAUAUUGAAACUC